AUGUCUAAUCCAUUACCACAACCACCACCACAUAGGUAUGGACAAUCUAGCAGAUCUGAAAAAAUCAAUAAACCAGCACCUAUUAUAGUGUCAGGUGAUAUAAAAAUAGUAGAUUUAAGGCCUUGGGUUAGAGGGUUUGACAUUAAAUGUAUACUGUUAGAGCUUAUUUCAAAACGUACACUAAAAACCAAUUCAGAUGUCGAGAUACAUAGUUUCCUAGUAGCUGAUGAAACUGCAACAUGUACAUUAGUAAUCUGGGAUAAAGGUCAACAUUUUAGGGAGGGGGAUGUUGUUCAGAUUUAUAAUGG